GUGAUGAGUUGGAUUAUCUAGAAGCAUCAAAUCCUAAUCGUCCAGCAAAACUAGUACAAAAAGCGCUAGCGUCCAUAGUGGGAAGAUGCGAAAGAAGGGAUGAUGAGACUUGGCGGCUAAUGCUCGAGCUUUAUUAAAUCUUACUACAACAACUGCUUCUACUACGUACUACUACAACCUGCAGAUGAGGGAUUUCGCCGGCAGACUGGACAAAAGGCACUUCGAGAAUGCUUUGAAGAUGGAGAGAAUGCUACCAGCAGCACGACUAGAAGAUUCGAAUGCACUGCGUUCGGCGGCGAUGCUCAUGCUGAUGAUGCUGAUUAUAAGACAAUUGCGUCAAGAAAAAUAGUAGCACUAACCUCCCUGGUGGAACAACAACAAGUAGUAUCCCAAACGUCAACGAAAAACGCAUCAAAGACUAGUCGUGAAGCGGGUCAUCGCUAUGAAGUCCACGACCUCGACAUGAACUACGAAGCGGACUUCUACAACAACCAGGACCAGGCAUAUUGCGAUGCUACUGGUUUUGGCGAUCAUGGUCCUGUCGCAGGCUCUUUUCUUGAGCAGCAGGGGAACGAGAAGGCAAACAGAUUAAUCAAUCUUUCUCCUUUCGAUGGUCCGGCAAGCAGGAGGGGCCUGAAGAUUUUUGUCAAGGACCGGCUUCUCAGGCGAUCCCCUUCACGCGGGUUCAGAUACCACCAGAUUGGGAAUACAGUGACUUCGCGUCUGCGAUGGAGGGUUUGGCCGACGCGAUGCGUACUACACAAGAGAGGAGGCCAGAUGACCGGCAAGACCCACAGCCACACGACGCGCUCUACAGCAUGGCACACGUAUUCCGGAAAGGGCCCGCCGCGUCAGAAUCGGAUGAUCGUGACGGGUCUGACGUAGAUCAAAGACGAAGAGGUAUAUCUUCAUCAAAAGAAGAGGAGCGUUUAUAUGAAGAAGGCGUAAGUACUCCUUGCACUAAUUGUGAAACACCCACCUUGCUUUAAAUGCAGUGCAUUUUCCGCCACAAUUCAAAGACAAAGAUUCGACGGAUGAAUAUCAAAAGAAGGUGCAGCUCCGUCGCGAACCAGACGAGAUUUUAGAUUUUUCGGUGGAGUCUGAUACUUACUAUAGUUUCUAUGCUUAACAACGCGGAGCUUGUGUAUAGACGAAAUUGUGAGAAAUUGUUGGGGAGGCAGGCUGGCAACUGGGGCGGGUUCUUGCACAAGAUGUUUGAUAGAACUCUCGGCGACUGGGUGCUUGAGAAUCUUAGUGACCCAAUAGCACGCGAAAGGGACUUAGAAAAAGGGCCUUUCGUCACGGCCAUAACGAUAAUAUUUCCAAACAAUUCGUCUCAGGAAAUUGAUUGUGACACUCUUGCUUUUCCAGGAUACGACCAGUGGAAGAUGCCUCAUCCAGAAACUGCAGAAUUGUAUGACUAAAUAUACCCUUGACUUCAUCUCAGAUGAUAGUAGAAGUCCAUCUGUCAUAGCAUAUUGAUUAAUAAAUACAUGAACAGACCAGAGCCAGAGGAAAAAAAUAUCAUAACAGAUGCAGAAAUCAUCAUCAGACAGGAGUCAUGGAGUUUAAGCAUUCAAACAGGAUUUGAAAGAGUGUAUAAGUCCGAGCAGAUUUGGAGGACUAACGGUUACGCAGACGGAGUCUCGUACUUCAUCCGCUUCUACCACGACAAGCAGGCUAGAGACCACGAUCUCGAUCAAACAGGAGGAGGACGAAAAGGAAGUGCACUAGUAGUGGAACCAGAGGGAAAUGCGCUGGUAUUGAUGGUGGGACUCAUGGAAGCACGUUCAGGCACUAGUGAUUACAGAUGGAGAUCUAAAGCUUUAUUCAGCUUAUGGGGAAAAGUAAAAUAAAAGACGAGAAAAUUGUCAAGGAGCACAGAUCCAGAUGAAGAGCAAUCAAAUCAACAGGCAUUACCAGUGAAUUCUUACACGCAAGUACAACGACAAGAAUUGCCUUGGCCGUUAUGGAGUAGUAGCUGAAACAUCAGGUAGAUUCUGAUAGAUAGUGCGAUAAUCCUGGGCUCUCAUCUCCACUCCGAGACCGAGUUACACUCGUUUCUACACCAAAAACCUGAGAUUGUCACCACAAUUGUGUCCCUCUCCCAGACCAACCGAACGCUAAGGAGUAGAGAAAGUGUCUCGACAGAAUGGGAAAUUUCCAACCACGUC